GAUUUUGGAGGGACCCAAGAGUUCUGGGGGGCACCCAGAGGUUUGGGGGGGGUCCCAGAGGUUUGUGGGGGUCCCAGGUGUGCGAGAGGAACCCAGGUGUCCGGGCUCCCCCCCCCCAGGGUUCCGCCAUGGACCGGAUGAAGAAGAUCAAGCGGCAGUUGUCGAUGACGCUGCGGGGGGGCCGCGCCCCUGAGAAGAGCCUGGGGGAGCCCCGCGAUGGCCACGGCAGUGACAGCGAGGCAGGGGCAGAGGAGGGGCGGAUGGGUUCGGAUGGGGAGAGUGACCCCCUCGGGACGUCCUCGGAGGAGGUGGCCUCCCCCGUCCGCCUGCGCCUGCGCCAGCACCCGGCUCGCCCUGGUUCCUCCGAGGACAUCAACAAGCGCCUGUCGCUGCCAGCUGACACCCGCCUGCCCGAGGGUGGCCUCGACCGGCUGGGGCUGCCCGGGCCCCUCAGCCGCCGCCUGCGCCGCGUCUCCCUGUCGGAGAUUGGCUUUGGGAAGCUGGAGACCUACGUCAAACUGGACAAACUGGGAGAGGGCACCUACGCCACGGUGUACAAGGGCCGCAGCAAACUGACGGAGAACCUGGUGGCCCUGAAGGAAAUCCGCCUGGAGCACGAGGAGGGGGCCCCUUGCACGGCCAUCCGCGAGGUGUCCCUGCUGCGCGACCUGAAACAUGCCAACGUGGUGACGCUGCAUGACAUCGUCCACACGCCCCAGUGCCUCACCCUCGUCUUUGAGUACCUGGUGAGCGACCCAAAAUCCCCCCCAAAUGCCCUAUGGGCCCCCCCAAAUGCCCCUAGCACCCCCCUAAACCCCCCCCGGGACCCCCCUAACUGUCCCAUUUUCAGGGUUUCCUCCUCCCCUCCCUCCCAUUUCAGGACCGGGGACCUCAAGCAGUACCUGGAUGAUUGUGGCAGCGUCAUCAGCAUGCACAACGUCAAGGAGAAUGCGAAGGAUUAG